AUGCUUUUAGUAACACCAGUGCUGUUGCUGCUGUUGCCUUGGGUCUCUCUGCAAGCUGCCGCAGAGAUCUGCAGGGGGACGCACUGCUCCGGCGCAGAAACCGGUGAUCCGAGACCGUGCGUCGGAGCGCACUGUCCGGGCAGCAGAUCCUCCAGACCUCCGAGGCAGUUCAACCCGACCACGCAGGGGAGAGCAGCACACCCGGGCUCUCCACGAGCAGCCUCGGAGGCUCAGCAGCCGGUCCGAGGGCGGCACAGCGACGGCAGUGCCAGCGGCGGACCGCGCGUAAAGGCGCAUGAAGUGUUACCUGCAGGAUGCGUCGACGCGGACUGCGCCGCUCAGGUGAAACCGUUUCAGCCCAUUAAUGACACCAGAGACUGCAAGGGGAUCGAGUGCAGACUGCCGCCGAGGAUACGGCCCAGAGCUCGGGUGAGGGCUUGUGUGGGAGAAGGGUGCAGCUCGGAGGAGGGAGUCAGCCAGCUUCCUCCCGUCCAUCUGUCCGACAGAGCCGCACAGUUUCUGGGAGAUUUUCCGGACGCUGGAUAUCCGUCGUCGGAACUUGGCGGUGCACCUUUGGGUGUCCAGCUCACAUGUGACAUCAAGCCAGGGGAGAACGAGGUUCCCUCAGAAGAUGCCCUCAUCUUGCACCUCCAGCUGGCAAAGGGGCAGGAGAAGCUGGUGGAGGCCCUGCGAGCCCAGCAGGUGGUCAUCCGCGACCUGCAGCAGAAGCUCGCCGACCAGCAGGAGGCGCUGCUGUCCCAGCAGAGGGAGAUCCUGGACCAGCAGCGGCGCAUGUACGAGCAGAUGGACGUGGUGAAGGCCCAGUACGGCCUCCUCUCAGACACCGUCAAGCAGGUCUCCUUCCAGGGCCUGCAGGGCGAGCUGCAGAGCUACUUCGAGAGCCACCUGGCGGGUCUGCAGAGUCAGGCCCGAAGCCACCUGCAGAAGUCCUACGCCGUGCACAAGAUGGACAUCGACUCAAAGGUGAUGGAUGUAGUCGGAGAGGCUCAUUUUCCCCAACCUCUGCUGGGAUGCCCUUCACCUUGUGGGAAGGAGGAGUUCUGUGAUUUCCAGAAGGACCCGCCUCAGUGUGAGAAGUGCACCAUGUGUCCUCCGGGAUUCUUUCUGAUCUCACAGUGUUCUCCCACCGCAGACAGGAUGUGCCAGGACAGAGAUGAAUGCCUCGAAGUACCAAACAUCUGUGGAGAGCGAGUGAAGUGCCUUAAUACUCCAGGGGGGUUCAGGUGUCUGGGGGUUUCUGAGAGAGAAGCCCUGAAGGGCGUGUGUGGUCACGACUACUUCUACAACCAGGAGCUGCAGGAGUGUCAGGCCUGUUCUGACUGUGACGGAGAGUCGGUUUCUUCUCCCUGCACAUCUAUCACUGACUCUGUCUGUGGCCUAACAUCAGAGAGCCGACUCUCCCAGUCUUGGGGGGCCAAUGUGGGAGUCCCCCCCGCCCGGACCUCUGGAGGCCACAUCUUCCCCGAGCUUCCGCUUAACAUCCGAGGCAAAGAGAGAAUUGAUCUGCUGUCCAACGAGGCUGGUCGGUUGACGUUCCUGCAGCAUGGCCUCGUGUGGCUGGAUCAUAACUUUGCCAUAAAGCACAGCUGCAGGAACUUCCUUCAGGUGGGGAUGAGGCUCAACGGGAGCCAGGAGGAGGAAGGUCGGGACCUCAGCGGCGUUCGCAUCGAGCAGCCGGAUGGGAAGUACUUCCAGGGCGUCAGCGUGAGCAGUGGAGUCGAGGUGGAGCCCAUCCACACCUUCGCUCUGCUGCUGAAGAGCCCGAACCAACACUGCAACCAGAGCAAGGACCUCCACCUCUACGACAUCGCCGCUCCCUCUUUCAGCCUGCUCUGGUUGUCGCACGACACCGGUGCCGUAGCCAUGACGGCCCAGAUGUCCCUGUUGACGCACUACCAGACCAGCUACCGCCCAACUUUCCGCGUGACCUCCGUGUCCGACCCGUACAUGAUCACUCUAACGCACGACAACCGCGGUGUUCGCUUCACAGAGAGCGGCACGGUGAAGUUCGUCCUCCAACAGGCGCUUUACUCGAUGGGCCACACCUGCAUUCGGGAGGGUUUCUCCCUGAUUGCCUUCACCAGCCGCAAUGGGACCGCCCAGGAGGCGAUGCAAGCCUUCAAGACGGGCGUCAACUACCGGGACACCUCCAUCACCCUCUCUGGAGCUGUGAGCAUAGCCGCAGGCGACACGCUCAGCUUUGAGAUCACGUCCCCGUCGCAGUGCAACAUCCGCUACUUUGGCGACAGCAGCGGGAUCAGCGUGCUGAGCCUCAUCUGGAUUCCCUCGGCGGUGUCGUCGGCACUGACUGCUACUGUGACAAGGACAGGUCUGCCCUCUGGAGCGGUCAGGAAUAAGCCGCUGUCGUUCCAGCAGAUCAGCGCCGACACGCCGCAGGUUCGCUUGGCCCGCUCCGGGGAGCCAAAUAGCCGGAAGAACUUUAUGUUCCAAGAGAAAGGGACGGCGAACAUAGCCCUCAACCUGAAGCUGAUACACUCCUGUAAUAUUGUUAAACUCACGUUGCAGCGGGCGGGGGGUCAGGGCGGGCAGGCGGGUCCUGUGGCUCAGCAGGUGUCUGGAUAUAUGCCUGAUGGGAGCCAGUGGGCCAGUAUCGGGCUGAGGGCCUCGUUUCCGGUCCAGAACGGCACAGCAGUCUACAUCACUCUGGACUGCAUCCGCGGGCGAGUUAACCAGAUAACACACGAGGGCGGCACUAACAUUUCAAUCCUCUGGGUUGCAGUGUGAUCAAAGAAGCCUUUUUUAUCAUUAAUGCAUUUUUUGAGAAGAAAAAAAGACAUUUUUGCACAUUAUUGAAUUGCAGAGCAGAUUCAACAAUUUACCAAAUAAAGAGAGAUGAAAAACAAUGUUAUUCAUCUAUUACACAUAUUUUGUCAUAUUAUUGUUGUUAAAUGUAUGUUUCUUCACCUGUUUAGACUUUUAUUUUUGGGUAUGAUUAACGUACUGUAAGUACUGCAUUUGCUUGAAGUACUUCGGCUGGUUGAGCAGUGACCAAUUCUUCAUGUGAUAUGUGUGUGUGUGUAACUGUAGAGUGUGUAUGAGUGUAUGUACAUGUUCAGUGGUGCUUGUUAUAUAUGUGUGUGUGUGUGUGUGUGUGUGUGUGUGUGUGUGUGUGUGUGUGUGUGUGUGUGUGUGUGCGUACACAUAGGCAUGCCUACCUUUGUAUCAGUCGUUUAAUAUGUAUAUCCUUCUGUUCCUGCACAUAUUUAACUUGUGUACUGUAUGUAACAAACCUUUCUGUAUUAUUAGGCAUUUGAAAUAGGAGUUUAACAUUUUGGGAGAUACGCUUGUACACUUUCUGGAUGAGUUAAAUAAGGAGAUAGAUUCGACUCUCAGCUGGUUACCUUAGCUUAGCACAAAGACUGGAAACAGGGGAAAACAGCUAGCCUGGCUUCGUCCAAAGGUGUUGAGCCUUGUUUGGUUAAUCCAUACAAAAACUGUAGUGUAAAAACAUUCGCUAUUUAGAGAGGGGUUAUGUGUUUUGUAUGUAUUAAACACAUAGGUAAAAAAAAGAGGUGCUGGUUGGUGGAUUUUUUAACCUUUGGAGGCUAGCUGCUUCUCCCUGUUUCCAGUCUUUAUGCUAAGCUAAGCUAACUGGCUGCUUCGUAUUUACCGUACCAACACUCGAGUGGUAUCAGUCUUGUACAUGCAUUUUCCAAAAUGUCAAACUAUCCCUUUAGAGUCAAGAAAACGCUAGACACACAUGCUAGGUCAUAAGCAGGAGUUGGUAUUUUAAGAUGUGUUUAUGAUGAUAUUUAUUUGCCUUUUAUAAAACGGGACUUUUGUAUUUACGCUAUAGAAUACAUAUAUUUGUCAGACAUGAGAAAAGUAUAAAAAUAUGUCGUGUAUAUGGUAAAGCGCUGAAAAGGAAGUGAUAGCCUCUAUCAUACGUUUAUUUGCACACGUACAGUUUAACAUAGUAAAAUUGAAUGUACAAACAUCAUACUUUGUUAUUCUUUUGCCUAAACGCUGUUUCCCUGCGAGGAGUUGCUCAUGCAUAUUGUUGCUAAUUGCCUCUGUGUGUGUUCUGUUCUCUAAACAAUUAAGCAUAAUUAAGUGUUUCAGGGAGUUGGCAGCGAAGCCGGUCACGGAAAUUCUUCAGCUUUAUUCUCACUUCAUUAUGUUUAGUGAUAUUUUUUUUUGUUUCCUGUGGUUGGGUUCCCUGCACGCUUGUUCAAAACCAAAUAAAAUGUAUAAAUGUUU